ACCCAUUGUGAUCUCUGGAGAGGAAUUUAUGAGUUGGGGGAUGGAAGGAAAUGCAAUUUAAAUCGAAUGCACCUACAGCGUUUUUUCUGGGGUCGGGGAAUGAGUGAGUAGCAGGCAGUGGUGAUCUUAGAGAUAUUUUCUGUUUCUGGAAAAUGAAAAGGGAGAGAGGAAGAGAUUUGGUUGAUCUACUGCCGAUCAAUUGCUGAGUAUUUUAUUUAAGAGGGUUUGUUUGUUUGUUUGUUUUUUGGUACACCGCUUCCUUGUGAUCCUGUGAAGCCAGAAGAGGCAAGGAAAAUAAGCUGAGGACAGAAAUAGAAGAAGAGAUGGGACAUCCACAUGCUUAUUAAGUUCUGCUUUGCGAACGGCGGAAGAAGGUUGUCAAAUUGGCUGAAAGCGUGAGUUCUCAAUAACAUGUCACAUGGAACUAGCAUCAAGUUAGAAACCUGAUAAGGCUUUUCCUUCUAAGCACUGAGGGAGGCUGACACCUGAAGAAGAGCUCUGUGUAAGCUUGAAAGCUUGUCUGUUUCACCAACAGAAGUUGGUCUAAUUAAAAGAUACAGUUAUCAUCAGAUAUUCCCUGGCCUUAAUACCGAGGGAGAACUUUUCUUUUAAAGCAACUACAAGAAGGGGACAACACAAAAGGAGCAAAGCCCCAGCAACCAGACAUCAAUAACAAUGAUGCAAGAGCCUCAGGAGAUGGUAGAGGAGACUGUUACUGUUGAGGAAGACCCGGGUACCCCUACUUCCCAUGUGUCUAUUGUGACUUCAGAAGAUGGAACCACAAGGAGAACUGAGACUAAGGUCACAAAAAUGGUCAAAACAGUCACCACUAGAACAGUACGCCAGGUCCCCCUGGGGCCCGAUGGCCUGCCGGUAAUGGACAGCUCCUCUCCCAUGGGCAGCUACACAGAUUCAAUAGACAGAAGAUACAUGAAGAAUGGUGAGCGUUACAUCACACCACAAGCUUCGUCCACGUUGACCAGAUCUUACAAUAGCUACGAUUCUUAUCCCGACGGCCACGACAGCCAGUAUCGCCCUUUUAUCAGCCACGAUGGCUAUGGAGACCUAGCUGACAAUUAUGGCAGCUUGUCCCGUGGCAUCAACUACCGUCCUCGCUAUGCCUACAUGCCAGGAAACAGUUACCGGCCAGAGGAUGGUAGUUUCACCUUGCCAAGCAGGAGGGAUAACUAUGGUCCCAUCGCCCAGCCCCAAGUGCCAACAGGCAGCAACGUUGACUUGAAUCGCUCCCAGCCAGAACGUUUCCAGCCAGAGCCUUAUGGGUUGGAGGACGAUAACCGCAGCCUCGGGGUAGAUGAUGAAGGGUAUGAACUGGACCCAGAUUACUCCACAGUGAACCGAAGGACAUCUGCAGGGGUGCCCGAGAGGGGGAGACCUCACAAAGGAAGGGGCUACGAUGACCCUGUUGAGUCAGAGAUGGUUGAUGAGAGGAUCCCUUACCUUCAUGGUGGCUACGCAGCACCAUUAGCACAGCCAGAGAGGGGGAGCAUGGCCAGCAUCGAACGCCUGGGCAAGCGUUCCCCCUCCAUUGACAGCAUCCGCAAAGACCCCAGGUGGCGGGACCCUGACCUCCCUGAAGUGAUUGCCAUGCUCAGUCACCCCAUCGAUCCAGUCAAGUCCAACGCGGCAGCAUACUUGCAGCACCUGUGCUAUGAGAACGAUAAAAUAAAAAAGGAUGUGAGGCAUCUGAAAGGGAUUCCCAUCUUGGUGGGUCUGCUAGAUCACCCAAAGCCAGAGGUUCAUCGCAAAGCUUGUGGGGCUCUCAGAAACAUCUCUUACGGGAAGGAUAAUGAGAACAAGGUGGCUAUAAAGAACUGCGAUGGGAUCCCGGCACUGAUCAGGUUAUUGCGGAAGACAAACGACAUGGAAGUCAGAGAGCUCAUUACAGGCACUCUUUGGAACUUGUCAUCCUAUGAGCCACUGAAGAUGGUGAUCAUUAACCAUGGCCUUCAGACACUGACAAACGAGGUGAUUAUCCCCCAUUCCGGAUGGGAGAGCGAGCCGAAUGAGGACUCUAAGCCUCGGGAUGCUGAAUGGACCACGGUCUUCAAGAACACGUCUGGAUGCUUGCGGAAUGUAAGUUCAGAUGGCGCAGAAGCUCGGAGAAGACUAAGAGAGUGUGAUGGCUUAGUGGAUGCUCUCCUUCAUGCUCUACAGUCUGCAGUUGGCAAGAAGGAUACAGAUAACAAGUCCGUGGAGAACUGUGUGUGCAUUAUGCGAAACCUUUCAUAUCACGUCCACAAAGAGGUCCCAGGAGCCGACAAGUACCAAGAGCUGGAUGCAAAUCAGCCUACCAGCACAGGAGGCUCUCAGAAGAAGAAGAAAGAGGACGCUGGCUGCUUUGGAGGGAAGAAAGCUAAAGGAAAGAAAAAUGGAGAUCUGGACAGGAACUUUGAUACACUUGAUUUGCCCAAGCGGUCCGAAGCAGCAAAAGGCUUUGAAUUGCUCUACCAGCCGGAGGUGGUCCGGCUCUACCUCUCGAUCCUCACUGAAAGCCAGAACUUCAACACUUUGGAAGCUGCAGCAGGGGCUUUGCAGAAUCUCAGUGCUGGAAAUUGGACAUGGUCCACGUACAUCCGUGCAACAGUACGAAAGGAGAGAGGCUUACCAGUCCUCGUUGAGCUUCUCCAGUCUGACUCUGACAAGGUUGUGAGAGCUGUGUCAAUUGCACUGAGGAAUCUCUCUAUGGAUCGUCGCAAUAAGGAUCUCAUAGGUAGUUAUGCCAUGGGUGAACUGGUAAGAAAUUUGCCUAGCAGGCAACAGAGAUCUGCUAAAAACCUGGAAGAGGAUACAGUGGUUGCAGUCUUGAAUACCAUCCAUGAAAUCAUUACUGACAGUUCAGAAAAUGCAAGGUCCCUGAUCCAGACACAGGGCAUUCAGAAGCUGGUAGCUAUCAGCAAGUCAAGCCAGUCCCCCAGGGAAACAAAGGCAGCAUCUCAUGUUCUUCAGAUGGCCUGGAGCUACAAAGAGCUACGAAAUGUCCUACAGAAGGAUGGAUGGAACAAAUCCCAUUUCCAGUCUGUCUCUGCAGCACCAAAGGGAUCCAAAGGUACGUCUGGCAAGUCUGGCUACGAUGAUAGUACUCUGCCACUGGUGGAUAAAAGCCAAGAUAAUGAGAAGGCUGGAAGUCGUGAUAUGAUUCCUCUGGAUGAACUUGGUCCAGAUGGGUACUCCACCAUCGAUCACCGGGACAAAGAGCGCAAAUACAAGACCAAUGACAAUAUAGGGGAUGCAUCGGAGAAAGAACCUUUAAAAAAUGACACAAAUAGGAAAAACAUUAACAGGAGUAACAGGGCUUCGGUGAAUCUGGUGGAUGCCCGUGACAUUAAACCCCAGCCUGUUGACUCCUGGGUCUAAUUUGCAUGCAUGGGCUAGAGUCCAACUACUUUUUUUUUCUUUUUUUCUUUUUUAUUUUUUACUGAGGGGAAAAAACCAAUUUGAACCAACACAGAGGAUCUCAUUUAUCAGCACUGCCAUUCAGAUUCGGAGGGCGAUGCAUCAGUGAACAGUCUGCAGAUUCUAGGAGGGUGUGGGGAGAAAACAGACAACUGCCAUCAGCCAACCCUGGAGCACCAUGCCUUACAGCAAGACAAUUUGCUUUUUAAAACUCAAUUACAUUCCCACCAGACACAGCCACUUCCCUUUGCCUCCCUCCCCCAUCAAAGAAGAAAGAAUCCAAGCUUACAUCUAAAUGGUUAGGUUCUUAGAUGACUCUUAAAUGAGGAUGGUGCCAAGGAUGAAAAGAGAAGGUCACGUGGUGGGAAAGAGGACCGCUUUGCAAGUGAAAGAGGAACUGCAGAAUAUUUGAAAUAUAUCUUGGGUAUAGUCGUGAGGAAACUAGCACUUUUCAUUUGUUUUUUGGGUUUUGUUUUGAACUGUGAAUUUAAUUUUUAAAAGAUUUUUAUAUUAGGGAGUUUGGGUUUUUUGGUUUUGAGCUUUUAUUUGUUUUUAGUUUUUUUUCACAAGAAAUGCAGGAAUGUUGAGUGGGUUUGUUGGAUUUUAAUGAAAGGAGAGAGAAACUAUUUACGCUGGUUGAACGGACUGGAACGUAGACAGCGAAGUUGAUGCGAGCUGUAUAAUCCGCUAUUAGAGUAAGCGAUAUCACACUGUGCUAUAUUAUCAUUAUAAUCUGGUGUAAAAUACUUCUGCCUUUUGACUUCUGUAAUGGUUCUGUUUUUACUUCCACAUAUGUAAACAGUUUGAAGGUUUCACUCCCAAUUCAGAAAUCUGUGCUAAGAAGUGGAGUUGGCUGCCUUUUUAUUUUUAUUGCUCAUGAUGAGUGCAGUAAAGGAGUUGCUUCCCUCUCUUCUGCCCCUCCCCCCCAAGUGUUGAUGUUGGGUUAAUGAUUAUUUUAAUCUUUAACAUAAUUUUAUUUCCCAUAGCUGUUAACACAUUGGGGAAGAAUGGAAGCUUCCUCAUUACAGAGUUCCCAUUAGAACACACUGUAAUCUUCAGAUGAGUCCGCCCCUUAUAUUUUUGCUGAUAGACUCAGUUUCUAUUGGAUCCAUGUGUGUUUUGGGCUGACGAGCCUGAUGAAAAGUGCUACAAAGGGAACUGAUAUAUUUUUUAAAGAAAUCAUCAUCCUGGUUUUGUUUUUGUUUUUUGAGGUUGCACACUUAAGUAAGGGUCAAAUUCAGCCACUUGCUGAGGGUCUGCUCAAAGCCACCUGGUAGGCCAUAGGCAGACUCUCUGCACAAGGGUGAAUUUUUGCCCCCGCGGUCACAUUUUACACAUACGCUAUCUGGUGAUGCUAUGUAUUAAAUGCAAAUCACUGAUUUCCUUCGGGUUUUGAUCCAAUGAAGGAGAAGGAUGAAAACAAGAAUCAAAUCUCUCUCCUAGCAUUGGAUGGAUGCCUUUUACUUACUUUUGUUUAGUUACCAUUGUCAUUUGGUUGCCAUGUUUACACCUACAAGUUCUUAAAUACAGUGUGACUGGAAAGCACAUUUUUGAAUCAAGCAAACUUAAUUUUGGGAUUUCAGUGCCUGCCGUUUCCUUUGUACAUUAAAAAUGGGGGAAAAAAACCCAACAAAAAACAAAAUAUUACUGUAAUAGUAAACGUCUAAUUUUUUGUACAAAAUUAAAAAACUAAAAAAAAGCAAGCAUCAAGAGCUUUGUAUCUUCUUGAGUAUAAUAAAAUUUGACAUAUAUGCAUAUAGUUGUGCAGAGGAUAGGUUGCCAAAACCGUGUGAAGUAGUAUGCAGGACUGUUGAUUCAGGGAAAGACUGAUGCCCAAGAUACACACACUAACUUGCUCCCCCUUCCCAUCUGACUCGCACAGAGGGGUUACGUCUGGGUCCUAAGAACGGUGAUGUUGCUGGAGCAAAGUAAGAUUACAGUCAUUGGUUAUGUUUACCCUUGUGAGAGAGUCCUGUGAGGUCAAAGACGCUUAGCUGGUUGAGGGAGGCAAAGACAGAUGCAUCUCUGACCAUUUGGAUUCUGAUGGGCGGGGAGUUCUUUCUUCAUGUAGAUGUAAAACAUAGAGAGUGAAACCAGAUGCAUAGUUUUACUGUAUAUUCUAACAAUGGUGCUCUUUUCAUACUUGUUCUACCAAUAAGUGGAGACCCUUUUAACCAGGCUGUUACACAGAAGAGUUUUAUACUGCUUUGGUUUCUGUACCUUGUGUGUUCUUUUUGUAUAUGAAAGGAUUAAAAAAAAAAAAAAACUUGCUUCA